UAUUAUUAUAUCUGUGUUAUUCUUAUAUGUAUGUUUAUUGUUCUUCUUCAGAAUACAAUAGUUUUGCAAUUCAGUAUAUUUUUUUAAGUUUACUAUCUUUAUGAUUCUUUGUUCUUUUUCUCCGAAUUCAAAUUUGUUUGUUAGAUACUUAUAUUUCACGAAUAGGAGGAUGGAUUUUGUACUCAUGAAAACUUAAAGUGAUAUCGUAUUUUUAUAUUGUUUUACAUGUAAUAAGUGUAUACACUUUUUCUACGACUUUACGUUAUGAGCUUUUUAAAACUUGUGAGUAAAUAUCACACACCGAAAAUUGUAUGGUACCAGACUGAUACUACAGUCAUCGUACGUAUUUUACUAUGUGAUAUAAAGGAAUAUUUUCUCCAUGUUGAAUGUGAUCACAUAUUAUUUAGCACAAUAACAAACUCAAAAAAAUAUUAUAUUUGCUCAUAUUUUUUUGGAACUGUAAUAGCAGAAAAAACAACCCAUAGAAAUGUAGGAAGAGAAGUUAAGAUUACACUUGUAAAAGCACAUAAAGGGACAGAAUGGUUAAGAUUAUUUAUCGCAAUGGAAAAGAAUCCUUUAAUCAGCGUAGAUCCAGAUCAUAUAUAUAAAAAGGACUGGAUCCUUGAGUCUUUCAAAAAUAUAGAAAGGGAGAGUUUUGCAGAAUAUAAACGUAGAAAUAAUAUAACUCAAAUAAUGCCACUCGUGCCAUCGAGUGAUGAAGAAGAAUCUGAUGAUGAAAUAAUGGAUGCGUUAUUUUUUUAAACUACUUAUAUAUACAUAUAUAUAAUAAACAUAUGUGAUCAAAGUGUGAUAUUUGUAAUACGUAAAUAUAUCUUUAAAUAAAGGAACAGCAUAUUAGUUAAA